AGUGGAAGCGCUAGCUCUUUCCUGUUGGCCACCAUGUCAUCCUCAACGUCCUUGCCUUCAUCCUCACCUAACCUUAUGCCGUUCCAUAUCGAAUAUAAUGGACCCGCGUCCAUUUCAACAUUUUUCCACGUCGAAGAGCGCGUCACGGAGAAUUUGGAUGAGCCAGAACCUGUGUCGGAGGAGCCAAAGGCAGAAUCCUCUCGGACGGCAACAGCUCCCCCAUCUCUUGCGAGACGUGCAGCCUCGUAUUUUGUCUCAAGUUUUCGAGGCCGUACGCUUCAUGGUACAAAGAUUGAUGUUCCGGAUGGCUAUACGGGAUUGGUGUUGAAGGGAAUAGACGGGGCCAAGAAAGAGAAGGGACAAGGGAAGGCAAUAGGUGAUCACUCUCCAAGCAGAGCCACACGCCAUUCAGCGCGAAAUAGGCGUGGCGAAGAUGAAGACAUAGAGGAAAAUGACGCGGCUACAAAAUCCCUGGCACCCUUUCUCACCCCCGCCGCCCAGUUUUCCUCUUUCAUUCUGUGGCAUCCAGAUGCAUUGGGAAGAGAGAAAGAUGAUGAAUAUGUCAGAAGUCUGAAUGAAUGGACCAAGUUGUCGGAGCAGAUUCAUUAUAUACCUGAUGAUGCAUGAUUUGAUGGCUAUCUUAUCUGCGAAUAGACUGUCAGCCCGUAGCCAUGUCGCCAGUGUUAUGCAAUUGAUAUCAACGACUAGAAGCGAUCCCGUAGCAAUAAUGCAAAAGGACACCGUUCUCUGACAGUGGCCGAAGACGCAACCUUCACACUCAAAUGCGCGUCAUGCUCUAGAGAGCGACAACAUUGAUCUUGGAUGGGCCCCAUUAAUU